AGUUUCGUUUUGUACACAGUGCUCGCGACAUAAUAGUUAUAGUUGAUUGAUGUUUGACAAAUAGGGGCUCGUCGCGGUACGGCAGGCGUGUCGAACUAAAUCUACGUCGGACUUCGCACGAUAAAGAGAAUAAACAACACCCACGAUGGUGGACAAAAUGUCGCGGUACAAAUAUGCACCGCUGCUGGUGUUCCAAAUAUUUCUUAUGGUGUUGUAUAUCGUCUUCACGACCUAUGGCGGGGAUAAAGAAGUUAAUGUUAGAGGCUUCGAAGACACUCAUGUAAUGAUAUUCAUCGGCUUCGCUUUUCUCAUGACCUUUUUGAAGAAGUAUUGCUACAGUGCUAUAGGAUUCAACUGGUUCUUAGCAGCGUUGGUGAUACAAUGGGCUCUACUAUGCCAAUCCUUCUUCCAUAUGAAGGACAACACGAUUUUUAUCACGAAGAAGAGUUUGUUGGAGGCCGAUAUUAUGUCAGCAACUGUCCUCAUCACUUUCGGAGCGCUAUUGGGUCUAGCAAGUGGAACCCAGUUGCUGUUCAUAGCUAUCAUAGAAACGGCAGUCGGUUGUAUCAAUUUGUACCUUAUGGAAGAGGUUUAUAAGGUAUCUGACAUUGGUGGGUCCAUAGCUAUUCACACGUACGGUGCAUACUUUGGCUUAGGAGUCAGCACGGCUAUGAGAAUGAGGAAGCCUACAGGACCCGACCCACCGGGAACAGUGCGAUUGGACGGACCCAGCUAUGCUUCUGAUGUUACUUCUGUUCUUGGUUCUAUCUUCCUAUGGAUAUUCUGGCCGUCGUUCAACUCGGGGCUGGCAUCCAGUGAUAGCGAGCACCAAAGAGCUGUCAUCAACACUUACUUGGCUUUGGCUGCUGCUACGGUAACAACCUUCGUGCUCUCAGCAAUGGUGAACCACAAGCCAGGGAAGAUAGAAAUGGAGCAUGUUCAGAACUCGACGCUCGCUGGUGGCGUGGCUGUCGGGGCUGUAGCCAAUAUGUUCAUAUCACCAGGAGUCGCGAUAGCUAUUGGUAUCGGAGCUGGUUUUAUUAGCGUUUUUGGAUAUCGAUUUUUAUCGCCUAAGUUACAAAAUCUCGGUAUACAAGAUACAUGUGGCGUAAACAACCUUCAUGGCAUACCUGGAGUGUGCUCCGGUCUUCUGUCAGUCCUGUUCGCAGCUUUGGCUACCUCAGAAGUAUAUGGCGCUGAAUAUGCUGACAUCUUUCCAGCUAUUGUUGAGGAUGGGAGAUCGCCUGCCAACCAAGCGUUGUAUCAACUAAUAGCACUUGUGACUACUUUAGUUCUGUCAUUCGGAACUGGAUUAUUAACUGGUUUCAUAGCGAAGAUUGGUUUGUUCACGCCUUUAGCAGUUCACGAGCGAUACGAUGAUGAACUGAAUUGGGAUCUACCUUAAAUUAACAUGACAAUGAUGCCUUUAUUCAGAAAGCUUUCAAUUGUAAACCUCAUGAUUUUUAAACAGUUGUUACUGAUGAACAAAGGGAAAUAGCUACUGUUUUCCUCGAAAAAGAGUUGAAAAUCGGUAUAUAGAACCUUGGAAGUCUAGUAUGAAAAUUGUCCUUCGAACUUGUAAACAACCUAUGACAUAUUGUUAAUGUAUUUGAUGUGAUAAAAGUAAUGGGUAUGAUACAUUUGUGCAUGUUUAUUACUAUAGAAGAUUAUAAAUAUGCGUAGAAGGUAAUUUUUAGAGAUUGUAGGUGCAAAAUUAUUUCCUGUCCUAUUAACUCUGGUGUGUUUAGACCAUUUUGCAUUAUCAGUGUACCCAUAAACAAAAACAAAAACCACUUUAUUUUCCAAAAAUGAUGUUUAAUUUUUUGUAUUAUUAAAAAAAAAAAAUAUUAGUCUACAUGUUAAUGGUAUAGUUGUAGUAUAUUAAGAAGUCUAUUUAAUUCAGCUGCGUUUGUAAUAUAGGAUGUUAUUUCUAUGUCUAAGAAGUUUUUUACCAAUUUUAUUAAUAAGUCAACCAUAAAUAUUUUUUAAUCAUGUUUCAGUGAUAGUUUAACAAAUCAUACUCACAUUUUAUUUAUUGUAAUUGUAAAUAUUGUUUUUCUUAUAUUUUUGUUCGAAUAUGUGAUUAUUUUUUAUUUUGUACUCUUUUUUGUUAUGAAUUAUAAAUAAGAUGCUGUUAAUUUUAAGUUCUUUUAAUUAUACUUCAUACUUACGAAACACUAACAUUUUACUUCACGUUAUACAAUUUUUUUAUAUAAAAGUAAGUAUCAGAUUAUUACAAGAAACAUUCUCGCAAAACAGUAGUUUACCGAGAGUUCAAUAAAUCAAUGUGUAUUAAUUAAUAUACGUUUUCUUAAAAUAGCUCUCUACAAUAGGCUCUUAUUAAUUACUGGAAAUAAUAAUCUGUUGUAGAAGCGUUGCAUUCAAAAAUGUACCUACUAGUAUCAGGAUUAAGAGCUAUUUUUCAAUAAAUUGUUUAUACUUCAAUAAAUAUAUUGGAUUAAA